AUGGCGCUGAAGAAGCCGACGGUGAAGAUCAACCGGAAGCCAGCGUCCAAGCGCACGCUGGCGGCCGGACGACGCGCUGCUCUGCUUUCUGAAAGCGUGCGGCGAAACUCGCGACGUGCCAUAACUGCGGCAUAUAGAACCACCUUCGACUGGAUAUUCGAGGAUGAUGGGGUGGAAAAAGAUGCGGGCCAACCACUAUAUUCUUACGACGUCGACCCUCACCCGUGCAAACACAUUAUGGGCCACAGCUCGCACCGACUUUUCCUCCUCGGCACUGAGCCUCUCCACCACGCUCUCGACUCUGACCUGCCUCUCCACUGGCUUCCACGAGAAAUCGAGGGCGCGAGCACGGAACCUCCGGCUCACGUUUCAUUCGAGUGCCCGGAUUGCGGCGUAGCGACCUACUACUGCUCGGCUGGAUCCCUGAAGACCCUGGACGUCGUGCUCCAUCUGCCUCAAUGCCUUGACCACGGCCUCGUCGAUCCCUUCUUCUGUGGCGAUGGCACCAACGACGCUGCCGCCGUGGCACAAGCAAACGUUAGCGCGUGCCAAAGUCGACUUUUCAAGACGAGUGCUGUCCCUACUGGCCCUUCUGCCGCUCUAGUUUCUCAGAACUUUGCGAAGUAUGCCCGGGCGGCUGACCUUGGCCAGCCAAAUUCGCAAUCAACGCACGGUGUGGUUGUUUCUCCUGACGCCUAG